CACACACACACACACACAUAUAUAUGCUUUCAAUAAAUAUUUUCAUUAAUGAAUUAAUAAAAAACAAUUAAAAAAAAUUUAACUUUACUUAUUAUUUAUUGUUUACUGUUUUAGGUGUUGGUCGAUGUCAAUUCUAAAUGAUAAAGAUUAAAAACAUAUUUUUGUUUAUCAUACACUACCAGUCAAAAGUUUGGACAUACCAUCUCAUUAAAUUGUUUUGAUUUCAUUAUAUUAUACAUUGUAGAUUAAUACUGAAGACAUCAAAACUAUAAGAGAACACAGAAACACACAAACAAAAACGUGUUAAUCUUCAGUAUUAAUUUACAAUGCAGAAAAUAAUACAAAUAAAUAAAAAGCAUUGAAUGAGAAGGUGUGUCCAGACUUUUGACUGGUACUGUAUAUGUCUGCAAUUUACAUUAGUGUUAAUACAUUUUAAUAGAAGAAAAUAUUGUAGUUUAAAGGUAACUACAGGUAAUGUUGAUUGCAAUGGCACUGCUAUAUAAAUACAGUAUAAUAUUGGAAAAUGUAGUCAAAGUAUUACACAGCAAACCCCAUAUUUUAAUGUAGAGUACUUUAAUACCAGUAGCAGUGUAAAAUAUUUGCAGUAUUUUACUGUAAUUUUGUAGAAAAUGUGUCUGAGUGUGUGGAAGCCAAUAUGGGGUGUGAUUAUUUCCGUCUUUGAAGAUGUGUUUGCAGUUUCCAUGGUGUCACUUUGUAUCAGAGGAUGUAAUGAGCGUCCACUAAUACGCUCCGUUAAUAGGAUUGUGUUGGAGUCCUUUAGUCCUGUGAGGUUCCAUUCACAUGUUCAGUCACAGUCAGGUGUUGGAGCCUGAGAGACAAACAUGAAGGACCCACAGCUACCAGGCUUAAAAACGCGACUAUGGCAGAAGCAGAAACUGAGCAAAAAGCCCAAAGAUGAAUCUCCAAAGCAUGAAAAAGCAGCGAAACCCUCGUCCUCAUCUGCAACUACUUCUGUCCCUCCGCUGACCGAAGAAGAAAGGAUGAACCGGACUCCGUUUGAGAAGGUCGUCUAUGACAUGGCCCACAACGAGAGGAUCAUCAACGAAAUGAUGCUCGGCAGAAGGGUCGGCUUCUACGAGCUGCGGGGGGAGAUCGGCCAGGGGAACUUCUCCACCGUCAAGCUGGGCGUCCAUGCCUUAACGAAAGAGAGGGUCGCAGUUAAAAUCGUGGACAAGGUGCGUCUGGACAAGAAGAAGCAGGCGUUCACCUCGUCUGAGAUCAGCUGCAUGGAGAAGCUGUGUCACCCCAACAUAGUUCGUCUGUACGAGGUGGUGGAGAGCAGCCGGAAGCUCUACCUGGUGAUGGAGUAUGGCAGCGGAGGCGACCUGUUCUCCAGAAUCACCACCAGGGGGAAGCUUGGCGACCUGGAGACCAAGCUGGUGUUCGCACAAGUCGCGUCUGCCAUCAAGCACAUGCACGACAGCAACAUCGUCCACAGAGACAUUAAGCCGGAGAACAUCUUCUACACGACCAGCUACUGCAUCAAGGUCGGAGACUUCGGCUUCAGCACCGAGAGCAGCGCCAACGAGCUGCUCACCAACUUCUGCGGUUCUCCACCGUACGCCGCCCCUGAGCUCUUUAAAGACAAGGGCUACGUCGGACGCUACUCGGACGUCUGGGCUUUAGGUAUCCUCUUGUACUUCAUGGUGACGGCGACUUUACCCUUUUACGGAGACAACAUGGGCCGGCUGAAGCGCUGCAUCCUCCAGGGCUCCUACACCAUCCCUGCCUACGUGCCCGACCCCUGCCAGCUGGUCAUUAAAGGGAUGCUUCGGCAGGUUCCCAUCGACAGAACCACCCUCACACAGAUCAUAAACAGCGACUGGCUGAAGGGGAUUGAAUACCCUCAACCUUACGUCCCGCUGCCGCUGUCUCCGGCCCAUUUUGCUCAGCCUGACCAGGCUCUGUGUGUGGAGGAGCAGGAGGUGAAGGAUCUGAUGUCGGACCUGGGCGUCGUGACCGUUCAUUUCCAGAACAAUCCCUGUUUAGACGGCAGGAGCCCUCUGACGGGAACCUACCGGAUCCUCCUCCACCGGGUCCAGAAGAGGAGGUCGGUGGAGGCUGUGGGUUAUUCUGUGCUUCACCCCAAUGAGUUCAAGUGGUCAGCUACAGCUGUGGACAAACACAACCCCUCCGCUGUGUGUGCUGUACUAUAACGAGAAAGAUCUGAGGGCUGCAAGACGAAGCGAGAUUCAUAAGCUGAGCCUAAAGUCAGAGAUUUAACCCGCUAGAUCACCAUGGUAACUGAUGCUGCACGGUUAACCUGCUGUUCUCUUCAGAGUUUGGGGAUUAAAUCAGCUGUAAUAAAUGCCAUCCUUUCACCAGAUCUUUACCAGAUUGUAUUUUAUAUGAGCGAUUCAGAUUCUUUCAUCUGCAGACCUGCUGAGCUGUACGUUUACAUUCAAACAACUCUGUGCAGUUAUAGCAGGCUGUAGUAGGCCCCAACAUGCAUUCAGGUGGUGAUGCAGGAAAUAGAUAAAUACAUUUCACUGCUGGACCAACUCUAAUGAUGCAGUUUAAUUAGUUUUAUCCAAAUUAAGUCAUAUCAGUCCCUCUGCUUUAAGACAUAUGUGCUUAAAUCAUUUGAUUCCCUUUAAAACUGCAUUACUGCAACUUAAUUUUAAGGAACAUCACCUUGACAUUUUCAGUUUUCCAAGUUCCGUAUUUGUUUUGCCCAACUAUGAAAUGUAAACCAUGACUUUGUAAUUACUAGUUCUUUCCUUUUCUUUUUUCUAUAAUCUUACUGGAAGAAAUCAGCAGAUGAGUUGCAGCAUCUUUACUGCUACAGAAGCUGUAAACCUAAUUUUGCCGGAAUUCGAAUACAAAUUUAAAUGGACAAAAUUUUAUUUUAACUUAACUUAAAGAUGAAUGAAAGAUAGUGUAUGUUUGGCCCUGAUUGACUUCAAAAUUGGUUUCACAUGCUGUUGUUUCGGCUGAUAGAUUUUUAACACUUUCACCGAAAUUCGAAGACGAGUUUAAAUGGACAAAAUUUCAUUCUAAGUUGAUAAAAUUCACAAAAGAUGAAUGAAAGAUACUUCAACUACAGCUCAAACACAUUUUUUACAGUGUAGGUUUGGCCCUGAUUUACUUCUAACUCUGUUUUACAUGUUAUUGUUGCAGCUGAUGGAACACAGAUUAGAAAAUGUAUGAAUCUGCUAGUGUUUAUCACAGAGAAUAUUCAAUCAAUGACAUUAAUUUUACCUUGAUUUGGCCAAAAACUAAAGUGGUUUCCACGUUUCCUUCAUUAUGGGACAGUGCCAGACCUGAAUGCACUUUAACAUGCAGCUAUAAUGUUAGAAAUAAGCAGCUGCACUGUUUUCUGGGUUCGGCAUCAUUUGCAGUAGCAGUGCUUUUUACUGAAUACAUUUUUAAAGUCGUCGUAGCUCUCCAUUAUAACAAUCUCUUGACUGAAGUAGGCGGCACAUGAUUGGUCAAUUUUGUGCAGAAAAAGAGUCAAAUGUUGCAUCAAAUGCCCCUUUAAUGUGAGGACAGACCGUGAUGAAGAAAACCUAGUUAACAAAGAGAAUCAUCAACUUAAUAUUCAUUAUCUCUGCUUGGGUCUUUAGGUUUUGUUAAGCCCGGCUUUCUUAAACUUGCUUCGUGUUCCGGCCCUCUGAUGUGCUUAUCCUCUCACUGGCAUCCAUUCAUUCAUUCACUACCAGCUCUGUUAAUCCUCACAGCGUUUCUGUUAAACGUGGGCCGAAGUGGGAAAUACCUGGAGGUGGAGCUCAGAGCGGAGGUCAGGUUCUCCCCACAGCGUAAGCCAAUUAGUGCUGAUAAACUAGAGCAAGUAAUUAGCUGCGGCUUUCCCUCCUUGUUACAUCACAGAGUUCACUGACGCAAAACAUCCAUUAAUCAGUGAAUGACCAUCAGCAUCUUCCAGUCCCUCUGAGUCAGAGUAUCUUCUGAACUAAUCCGAGGCCACCAGUAAUCCUAAUAACAGACACAGAGAACAGACUCGGUCAUAAACUAAAAGGAGAAAAUAAACUUUAGAGUAAAAUUCAGACCAAAUUUAAGUGAAAACUAGUCUGCUGCCAUUUAAAAUGUCUUUAUAUGUUUUAAUUACAACUGAUGCCUAAAAUGCCUUUUGCUGUGGUUGUAAAUGCAGAAAAUGUUUUGAAGCAUUGUCAAGAUUUUGCACAAUUUGACUCUAAUUUUGUUGAUUUCUAUGUUUGCUUUUGUUUUAAAGCAAUAUUUUCACUCAUGCUUCAGGGAUGCUGGUCAGAACUUCAUGCCACUCUGUAAAAUCAGAAUAAAAAUAUUUUCAAUUUUAA